UGCUCGCGCUUUGCCAUUCUCUUCCCCCCGUCGAAACCCUAAUCCAAUUUCUCCCGAUCUCCCUCUCAACGGACGAUGCUCCUCUCUCCCGGCCACUCCCCUCGCCACAUCUCCACACCAUCUUUGUCCCCCAACCCCUCCUCCUCCUCCGCUGCUCAGAAAACCCUGACCCUAAAACAUGCCGACCCGUUCAACCCUAGGAAGCGCCGCAUCAGCGUCCUCGACGAGGACACCUACGUUGCCGCCAUCGAGAAGAUCAUCGAGCGCGACUUCUUUCCGGAUAUCCCCAAGCUCCGCGAUCGCCUCGACUGGCUCGAGGCUACACCACGCCCUUUGGCGCAUAAAACCCCGUCUGUUGUUCCCGUUUCCGGCGAUCAAGUUGCAAGUGAAGAAGAUCCCACUUCUAAUGUGGAUACUUCUCUCUCCCUCGAUGAAUUCUGCUGCAGGUACACGAGCGAGGACAAUGAGAGCUUCUCGAAGAUCAUGGAGAAGGUAAACAGGAAGAGGAGGGAUCGCUAUUCUCAUCUGUUGCAAGGGGAGUUGGAGGAAACGGUGAAGACCAUAGAGGAUGAGAGGAGGGAUCGAAUAACGGAUGGCUAUGGAACUUCUGGACAGCCGUUGGCCACCCUUGACGGGUGGAAGUACACGGCAAAGAAUCUCUUGAUGUACAAUCCUGCUGAUCGUGGGGAGGUCCCCCUUACGGAGGAGGAAAGGGCUGAGAGGCUGAAGGGCUUGACGAAGGAGAUUGACAAAUCAAACACAAGAUUUCAGGGAAAGUCUAUUGCUGAUUCGAAGCCCACUAAGGAGGAACAAGCAGCCUCGUUUCUCUACACUCCAGUUCCAGGCACCACACCAGCAGGUGCUUCUUGGCCAUUUGGUGAUCGACAGGCAGAGAAGCUGAAAAAGUAUGACUUGGAAGAUCUGAGAAAAACCCCAAAUGCAUUCUUUGCUGAGUCUGAACAGAUAUCAGAAAAUGGGUAUAGCUUUGUGAAGACGCCUUCCCCAGCUCCUGGUGUGGAUGGAUCCCCUUUUAUGACAUGGGGAGCCAUAGAGGGAACACCGCUGAGAUUGGAUCUGGAAGAGACACCAGUUGGUAAUGGUGGGAGUAUUGAUGGGCCGCAUUUCAGUAUUCCAUUGCCACCCUCCCGGGAUGUGAAGGCACAUUCUCUUUCAAGAGAAGCUACUAGGAGAUUAAGAGAGAGGUCCAAGAUGUAUCGGAAGCCACCCUUGCCUUCACCUGCUCGGGGUUGUAGUGCAAGCCCCAGUGUUCGAAAUCUUUCACCUGCUGCACAAAAGUUUGUUAGAAAUGCAAUUGCCAAAACUUCAAGCUCUGUUGAUGAGAAUCUUCGUGCUAGUUAUCGUGGGACAAGCCCAGCAGUCUCUACUCCAAGGGAACGAAGUUUGUCUAGGUUUUCAAGAGAUGGAAGUUUGGCAUCCAGGUCUCCUUCAGUUAGACAGGAUUCUGCUUCUCCAUGGUGAAUUAUCCCUUUGUAGCCCUAAUAGCUUGUUCUGGAACUAUAUAUUACAAUGUCAAAGCAGUAAUGACAUUGUUGUUCUUAUGGGUAUCUUUGAAACAUGAAAAUUCUUAGUCAGAUUCACUUCUUAAA